GCCCGGCCAGCAGCAGCAAGCAACAGUCUAUCAGCAUUCAGGCAACAUUAUUACUCGAAUCACAUCACCCCCUCCUCAUCUGCUCAGGCAAAGAGACAGCAUGCGAGGCCCUAACGCUGCUACCGCAACAAGCAAAGGCGGCGCCAUGGCCGGCUUCAAGCAAGACCUGCUCAGGAACCUGCUGCUGGGCAUCCGGGCGUGCCGCCCCUUCGACGCCACGAGCCUGGAGGACCGGAAGCGUGCCGUCAAGCGAUCCGCCGACGUCGCCAUGGCGGCAGCGCGCGCCGCGGCCGGCGGCGGGCGCGCGAGGUGGCCCAAGGCCAUCUUGGCCGCCGCCGCGGCGUCCGGACACAGCCCCGGCGGCAUACGCAAGGCGAGGAAGAGUGCGUGCAAGAGGGUAGUGAGGAGACCGAGGCGCGCCACUGCGAGCUGCGACGUCGUCGCACGGAGGCUGGUGCGGAGCAGGACGAUGGCGCUCCGGAAGGUGAUACCCGGAGCGGACGCCACCGCCGCCAUGGACGACGAGGCCGUGCUGCUCCGCGAAACCAUCGACUACGCCGUACACCUGCGCGCCCAGGUCGACGUGCUCCGCCGCGUCUCGGCGGCGGUGCAGAGAUCCACCUUCCUCCGGGACGGUCCUGCUCAAAGCAUGGGAGGAGGAUCGUAGUGGUGGUUCCUGGUUCAGAGGACCGAGAAGGAAAUGCAUCGAAGCUCGUGCAGUGCUCGAUCGGACGGUGCUGGUCAGAGCACAGCCACAGACCUCCGAGCUCGUGGUAGUGGUGAAGAAUUGGUCAUGGUUUUGUCUUGCUUCGUUAUUGGAAAUGGGACAUGUACAUGUGUUAUGUGUAGUGGUGGGAAUAUGGACCGUUUUUUUUUACCAGCAAGACCACGACCGAAAGUAGGAGCACAAAGUACGGUCUGGCACGAAAAAAAUAUGGGUCAGACUAUCACGGCACGAAGGGGCUGUACCGGGCCUCAAAUUCUAGCCCGUCAGGUCCUAGCACGGCCUAAUAAAGCUCAUAUUAUUUAAUUUCUUUAAUUUAUUAAAUUAUAGAUUUUAUAUUAUUGUAAUAUUUAAACUUUAUGUGGUAAAAUAAUGCUAACAUUGUUUAAUAUCUUUAAUUUA